AUGGACGAGUUUGAAGCUCCGGAUUUCAACGUCACGGAGGCACUGCUUGCGAAUGGUGUUAAUAUUUCGGCUUUGCCUGAGCUUGCGCCGCUUGUAGAGAGGUCGACGUUUAGUGGAUGCUCGAUUGCUUGCAACUCUUUGGAGAUCAUAUACGGUGACAACAAGCUCCUCGUCGAGGGCUCAUCGCCCUACGAUGCCUUCACGGGCGCAUACUGGUCGGCGAUGCAAGCUGCAGUCAACCCGCGCUGCAUCUUUAAGCCGACAUCAACCAUCGAAGUGUCCUCUCUCGUUCUCCUGUCGCGUUUGACGCAAUGUCCUUUCGCCGUGAAAGGUGGUGGCCAUGCAGCUUUCAGCGGCGCUUCAAACAUCGAUGGCGGUAUUACCGUCUCGAUGGAGAACUUCAAGAAAGUCGAAGUCUCUGCCGACAGGAAGACUGCUGACAUUGGACCCGGGAAUCGCUGGGUCGAUGUAUACACCACUCUCCAAAAGUUCGAUCUUGGUGUUGUUGGAGGUCGCAUGGCACCUGUUGGCGUACCAGGCCUCGUCCUCGGCGGUGGCAUCAGCUUCUUCUCCAACCUCCGUGGCUGGGCCUGCGACAACGUAGAAAGCUACGAGGUCGUCACAGCCUCCGGCCUCGUCGUCAACGCCACGCCCAAAUCUUACUCAGACUUGUACUGGGCGCUGCGAGGUGGUGGCAGUAACUUCGGUAUCGUUACUAACUUCAAACUUCAUGCCUUCCCCUUGGGCCAAAUGUGGGGCGGCCAGCGCAUUUACACCGAAAACGACUUCGCCGCCGUCCUCGAUGCAAUCUACAAAUUCGCCAAAACGGGGUCAGCGAAGGACACGGACGCUGCAGAAAUCGUGUCGUUUGGUAACAUCGCUGGCGUCGGGAAGAUUGCAAUCGUACAAACACAUUACGCCAAACCCGUCGCCAAUGCCUCUGUGUUCUCCGAUUUCUCCGUCCUGAAGCCGAUCGCAGACAAUACUGGGCUGGGAUCGCUUGCCGACAUGACCGUGAAGAUGAAUGAAGGCGCCGCAGACGGCCAGCGCCAAACACAAUGGGAUGUAACGCUGAAGCUCGACCGCGACUUGUUCACUUUCCUCAUAAACACUUUCUACACGCUUCUCCCCGAAGUGGCAGGUUUCGCCGGUGCUUUCCCCACGAUAUCGAUCCAAGCGAUAACCGAAGGCCAACUCGCCGGCAUGCAAAAGAACGGCGGUAACGCACUAGGCCUGAAUCCCUCCAAGGGACCAUAUUUCGUCAUGAAUAUGUCGUCGAGGUGGACGAACGCCGCCGAUGACGCUGCUAUAUUGAAGUUCUUCAGCACGAUUAUCAAGACGGUGAAGGCGGAGGCGCAAAGCAAGGGCCUGGACAAUGAGUACAUUUACAUGAACUAUGCAAGUCAGUUCAUGGAUCCGAUUAGCAGCUAUGGUGCGAAGAAUGUGGAUAGACUGAGGCGGAUCAGCAAGAAGUAUGAUCCGCAGCAGGUCUUCCAAAAACUGCAUCCGGGGCAUUUCAAGCUGGGUGGCAAGGCGCCGAACGCGAAUAUGCCAUAAGGAGGCGAAGUGUGUAUAAAGUGUAAAUAGAUAUACAGUAGUAUAAAAGUUAUUGAUAAUUUUUCUUCG